GAGAGAGAGAGAGAGAGAGAGAGAGAGAGAGAGAGAGAUAGAGAGAGAGAGAUGGUUUGUUUUGCAGGUAUCCUGAACUGGGGAGCUAAGAAUAAAGAGGAGGGCGGGAUUUAAAGAAGAAGGAUGGAAAGAAAUUUUGUACUUGUUUCGGGUUUUUGAUGAUUGUUGUGAUAUCUACUUGCCAUGGAGUUGGAGGAAGGGCUAACUCAGGGAACGAUUUGGAGGCGAAGGCAGAGGCGCAUUUGAAGCUUUUGAAUAAACCUGCAAUUAAAACCAUUAAGAGUGAAGAUGGGGAUGUGAUCGAUUGUGUUGAUAUUUACAAACAACCUGCAUUUGAUAAUCCUCUUCUAAGGAACCACACCAUUCAAGUUUUAUUUUAUUUUUUAUUUGCUUUUAUUCCAUGUAAAUUGCUCUUUAUAUGGAACAAACACGAAAGUUGCCCACAAGGAACAAUUCCAAUUCGCAGGACUACAAAAAAUGAUAUUCUGAGAGCUAAAUCAAUCACUAAUUUUGGGAAGAAAACCCCAAAUUCGAUUCCUGGUCCAAAAAAGUCAGAUAACAACAGUGCUAUUGAUGUUGAGCAAGCAUAUGUGUAUGUGUCCGAUUCGAAAUCAAAUUAUUUUGGAGCAGAAGCAAAUAUUAAUGUUUGGAACCCAUCGGUGAAAAAGGCCGAUGGUUUUGAAUGA